UGUGACUGUAAUGUUUAAUUCUCUUAGUUUUGCUUCUAUAUGCUGCUCAUCAUAUGAGAUUGUGAUAUUUACAUUAAUUUGUGUAUUUUCAUCCCACAGUAAUCUGGACCCCUUGACAGAAACUUAUGGAAUUCCCUUCUAUCUUCAGUAUUUGGCUCACUGGCCGGAGUAUUUCAUAGUAGCAGAGGCUCCAGGAGGUGAACUGAUGGGCUACAUCAUGGGAAAGGCAGAGGGGUCCGUCGCUAGAGAGGAAUGGCACGGGCACGUCACUGCCCUCUCUGUGGCACCGGAGUUCAGGCGGCUGGGUCUGGCUGCCAAACUCAUGGAGAUGUUAGAGAAGAUCUCAGAAAGGAAGGGCGGAUUCUUUGUGGAUCUCUUUGUGCGAGUUUCUAAUCAAGUUGCUGUGAAAAUGUACAAACAGCUUGGCUACAGCGUGUACAGAACCGUUAUAGAGUAUUACUCGGCCAGUAACGGUGAACCUGACGAAGAUGCUUAUGAUAUGAGGAAAGCUUUAUCCAGAGACGCAGAGAAGAAAUCCAUAAUCCCGCUUCCGCAUCCAGUCCGGCCAGAAGAUAUUGAAUAACACUAACAUGUGGCUCUCUGAAAUCCUCAACAUCCAUCUGGGAAAACAGACAUUGGCUUUUUUUGAUCGCAAAAUUGAUUUGAAAUGUCAGAGAGCCACUGCUUUGAAUGAAUUGGGGUAAUAAAGCUGAAACUAAAGGACUUUGGGACUGUAGUUACAUGAAAU